CGGGGAGGGGCGGCGGGGACGCGGUGGCGGCGGCGGGGACGCGCGCGCCCAGCCCACCCCCCGCGCCGCGCGGACAAUAAACAGCGCGGGGCGAUGCCGGAGCCGCUGCCGCCGCCCCCGCCGCCCCCGCCCGUCGCCAGCCCCUAGCCCGCAGCGCCCGCGCCCGCGCCCGCGCCCGCGCCCGACCGGGACCCGGAGCCGGGACCUCGGACCCAGGACCUCGGAUCCGGAUCCGCACGCCCGGGCAUGGAGGUCCUGGCAGCAGAAACCUCGGCCCAGCAGGAGCGGCUACAGGCCAUCUCGGAGAAGAGGAGGCGGCAGGAGGAGAUUGAGGGCAAGAGGCGGCAGCUGGAAGAGGACCGGAGGCAGUUGCAGCACCUGAAGUCCAAGGCGCUCAGGGAGCGCUGGCUGCUAGAGGGGACUCCACCGGCCACCGAGGGGGAUGAGGCCCUGCAGCAGCAGAUGCAGGAGGACAAGCAGAGGGCGCGGCUGCUGGAGGCCUCCAUCGCCAGGCUGGAGACGGAGAUUGAAGCCCUGGAGAAUGGAGAUGUGUCUCUGGCCCCCGCAGCUGUCCCCAGCCCAACCCCGGAGGGCUCCAAGGCAGAGGUGAUGGUCAACUCCCAGCAGACGCCAGUGGGCACCCCCAAAGCAGAGACACGUGUGUCCAACACGCCGGUGAGGAUGACAGACGGGGCUACCCGGAUGAAAGCAGCCAUGUACUCGGUGGAAAUCACCGUGGAGAAGGACAAGGUCACGGGGGAGACGCGGGUGCUGUCCAGCUCCACGCGGAGCCCCCAGCAGCCGCUCCCCCAGGGCGUGAAGGUCUACGAGGACGAGACCAAAGUGGUUCACGCAGUGGAUGGUGCGGCCGAGAACGGCGUCCAGCCGCUCAGCUCCUCCGAGGUGGCCGAGCUCAUCCACAAGGCGGAGGAGGCAGCGGCCAGGCCCGCGGAGGAGACGGCACCCACGGCGAGGACCCCACCGGCCCGGAGGGAGAUCACCGGGCUGUGCGCAGAGCCAGACCAGGCGCCCCCAGACGCCCACGCCGGCCAGGAGCCCCCAGUCACCAUGAUCUUCAUGGGCUACCAGAGCGUGGAGGACGAGGCCGAGACCAAGAAGGUGCUGGGGCUGCAAGACACGGUGACCGCCGAGCUCGUGGUCAUUGGGGAUGCGCCCAAGUCGCCCGCGCCCCCCAACGGCAGCGCGGCCGAGCCCCCCGCCGCUGCGCCCCCCGACGAGCAGCCCCCCGCGCCCACCGAGGCCCCGGACAGCGACCCCAAGAAGCAGCCGUGCAAGUGCUGCUCCGUCAUGUGACCCCCGCCACUGACUGCGGGGGGGGGGGGGGGGGGAGACGCAGGGCCCGGGCACCCCAGGGGUCUGCUCUGCGCGCCCCCACCUCGCCCGCUGCGGGGCCCCUCUGACCCUCGGCUGAGCCUGGGAGGGGCCGCCCUGAGUUCUGGCUUCUGGCGGGGGCCGUAGUGGGGUCUUCUGAGCUCAGACCCCCCCCCACCCCUGGGGCUGGACUUCCUCCUGGUGCUAAUUCGGAGACCCUGAGGGGGCUGCGUGGACCCCCCAUUUUGCUCGGACCAGGGCCCGGCCCCCACACCCACAGACAGCCACCCCCCCCCCCCGGGUUCAAGGCGGGUAGUGUGGGCCCAGGGUUGGAGCCCCCCCAGGAAAGAUGGCCUACCACCGUCUGGGGGGGGGGCGAGGGUCCCUCGGGCUAUACCCUCCAGGCGCCCACUUCUUUGGCCGCCCCUCCCCACCACCUGGCCGGCCAGCCGCAAAGGUGCCCCUGCCCUGUGUGGGCGGCGGCCCCAUGUACCCCGGUCCCCACGGGAGGCCCCGCUUGCAGUGUGACCAAGGCCCUGUCCUCCGUGUCCUCAGAGGAGCAAAUAAACGUGUGAACCGCA